AUGCGGUGGAGUGUGUUUGUUUUGUUUUCGUUGAUUUGGGCCGUGAAGGCGUGGGACGACGGUGAUUUAGAAGUGUUUGACGUGGUCGAAGAAGUUAAUCAAAACUUUUAUGAAUUACUGGGUGUGGGACAGGAUGCAGCGCCAUCAGAAAUAAAGUCUGCGUUUAAGAAGCUCACAUUGAAGCUCCAUCCAGACAAGAAUGAUGCUCCCGAUGCUGAUGUGCAGUUCAGGAACCUGGUCUCCGUGCACAAUAUACUCAAGGAUCCAGGAAAAAGAGAAAAAUACAAUGAGGUGCUCAAAAAUGGUCUUCCAAACUGGCGUUCAGCCAUUUACUACUACCGUCACGUGAGGAAGAUGGGCCUGGCCGAGGGCUCCAUCAUCCUGUUCAUCAUCAUCACAUUUGUGCAAUAUGCUGUCGGCUGGGCUGCGUAUGCUGAGAAGAGAUUUACAGCAGAACAAAUACUAAAAAGCAGAGGCAAAAAACAUUCAAAGAAAUCAGGGUUUGACCAAGGAUUGUCAGAAAUUCUAGACCAGCUUCCGAAACCUAGUAUUAAAGACACAUUGCCCUUCCAAAUCCCACGGUGGGUGGUCACAUCCAUACUGGCCAUACCACGAGGGAUUAUAGAACUUAGGAGAAGAAUGAAAGAGAAAGAAGAAGAAGCUAAGAGACAGAAAAAGAGAGAAGAAGAGGAGAAGGCUCGAGCUGAGCGGGAAGCGGUGAUUGCGGCCGAGUUGAAGGCGGCCGGCGUGCGCAAGCGACGCAAGUUCGUGCCGCCCGCCAGGGACGGGGACUGUCUGCUCGACCCGGCCGACGAACCUGAGGGAGGCCCUGUAGUCGUACCUGUUAGACAGUCGACAGCCCCGGUGAUAACAGGAGGUCUGUGGACAGAUGACGACCUGGCCGAACUAGUGCGGCUAGUGAAGAAGUACCCAGGAGGGUCAGCAGAGAGGUGGGAGCGCAUAGCAGAGACCAUGUGUCGUAGUGUACCAGAAGUCACGCACAUGGCCGCCAAGCUUAAAGAGAACUGCUACAAGAUACCCGGCCAGGAAGCCGAGCAGCCGGUUGUUGUGGAAGCACCUAAGAAGGUGAAAACGCGCAAAGCGGAGGAGACUUCAAGUGGCAACUGGUCGCAGACGCAACAAAAGGCGCUGGAGGCUGCGCUCGCCAAGUACCCCAAGGGGGGCGCCGGGGACCGCUGGCAGAAGAUCGCUAAUGCAGUGCCCGGGAAGACCAAAGAGGAAUGCAUGCAAAGGUGCAAAUAUCUAUCAGACAUGGUAAGAAAACAGAAGCAGAAAGAAGAAGAAGAAGCACAACAGAACGCAGAAGGUGACGUCACAGAAGAACAACAAGAGUCAUAG